AUGUUAAAAGUAAAUAGUACGCCUUCAACUGUUGGAGAGAAAAGAUGGUCUUAUCAACAAUAUUAUAAAGGAUAUAAAGAUAAGGAUGGUAGGAGAAAUGGUACAGGAGAAAAUAACUGGUCUGGAGCAAAAGGUCUAUUCAUGAAUAAUGUAAGAUGGGGUCCGGGUAUCGAAUCGCAUGCCAAUGUACACAACGAUGUGGGACUAUGGCGUGGGCGUCAGCUCGUGAGGCUAUCAUGGCGGCCUCUCGCCCCGAGCAUUGUUCCAGAGUUUAUGACUAAUAGUUCAGGCCGGGUGAUUGUAGAAGCACAUAGAAUCUUGCUAAGAAAUACCGUAGAAAAUGUAGGUGAAGUAAACAAUGCUGUAGAACUCCUUAGACAGUGUGGUGCAGACAAUCGCGUAGCUGUUGAGAAAUGGAACAAAUUGUAUCCUAAACACUGUACAGAUGUUCCUAGUUCGCUCUGCAAUAUAGAUUUGUUCAAUCGAUAUUAUUACAAUGAAAAUAUUUAUGAAUUAGAAGAAAUUGACCCAUCGCUGGAUAAUAAAGAUAUGGAGAUAGAUGAUAUUCCAACGUAUUACGCUUGGAACAAUAGCAAAAUUAUGGUUAAUAUGAUGAAACAUAGCUUUAAACACGAUAGACAUAAAGACAACUCGAAGUUUGAUAUUAAGUCCAUACUGUCGGGCCCACGAACUCAUUUCAAACCACCUGGAAACCACGAAUUGGGAUGUAGAAAUCUUCUGAUGGCGAGUUACUUGGGAUAUGUCGCAGAUGUCGCCCACCUAGUUAACGAGAGUCGCAUCCACCCUGACAUAUCAGAUGUUCAAGGCAAUUCCGCCGUUAUGUACGCCACUUGCGGAGACCAACCGGAGAUCAUACAUUUUCUUAUACAAGCCGGAGCUAAUAUCAAUGCAUAUAAUGACUGUUGUUGCACAGCACUGGGUAUUGCACUGAUGAGAUAUAUUUGUGUAGGCAACGAGAUUCCACUCUCUGGAAUGUUACAAGCGCUGUUGCCACCACCUCUACCACCAACACAACCAAUGACAGAGCAAAAGGUAUUUGAAUGGAAUAUAACAAGAGAACAAGCAACAUUGCCCCUGGCAGGAGUCAUGAUAAAAAUACCUAGUAAAACGAGAAACCUCAGUUCAAAAAAAAUCAAAUCAUUAAUAUCAAUUGAUCAAUCGACAUUAAGAAGGAAAACUGAGCCACUUUCCUCUCUACCAGAACUAACGGAUGAAGAUAACUAUACAUCAUCAGAAGAAAAAGAAUUAUACAACUGCUUGAAUCAAGAAUUUAGUAUUAAAGUUACUGAUGCCUUUACUUUCUCCAAUAAUUCUAAUCCUAUUCCCUAUCUAUUUGAUGUGAAUGAUAUGUUAAAAGAAAUUGAAGCUAACGAAGAAGAGAAGAAACAACCAGAGAAAAAUAUUAAGAAAGUAACAUCCAAAAUCUUGAAGGACACUAUUAAAACAAGUAAAGAAGCAAUACAGAAAGAUAACCUUGAAGAAAAAGAAUCAUUGAGUAGUAUAGAGAAACAAAAAAUAAAUGCGUUAGUAUUUCCAAUAAGUGGACGAUUAUCAAAAAUAAUGCUGACAAUUCUUGAAUUGCUAUCGAAUGGUGCCAAUCCCAGGCUAGUGCGAUGUCCACAACCAGCGAUGAUGAUAGCCGCAACUUCUAGUAAUCCAGAAUUAAUAAGACACUUGGUACAUUAUGGUGCCAAUGUCAAUGAAAUUUAUCAUCAGGUACUUGGUUUUCAGAUUUAUGAUUAUUCUCCACUUGAUGUAGCUGUGUCUCGUCCCUUCACACGUGAUAACUUUAAUGUUAUUAAAGCAUUACUAGAAUGUGGCGCAGAUCCACGUCACCGGCUAUUAUGUAAGCGAGAUCCAUUGACUAACGAAGUAAGUCCUGGACCGACUCUCCUUCACGUUGCAUUGGGAAGGAAAACUGAAAGUGACGAAGAAGAAAAUAUACGACUUCAACUAAUAGAGUUAUUGCUGGAAUAUAAUUGUAACUCAACGGUACAAUUUAAAGGACGAUCCGCAAUAGACAUAGCCAUGUAUAAAAAUGCAGAAGUUUUUGACCUCUUCAUUAAAAAUCCUAAAACCAAACUCAAUACUGUAAUUAAUGAUGUAAAUCAAAGUGUUUUAGUAAAAAUGUUCUACUUGCCGUUCUUCAGAAGUACUGCAAGUGCAGAAAGAUUAAAAAUGCUUACAAAUCUAUUACUAUAUGGAACGGAUCCUUUAAUAAAAUGUCAAAACGGCGAGGACGUAUACGAAAAUAUAUUCGUGUUUGCGAAACGGACGUUAGUGGAAAUGGAAAGUACACAAAAUAAAUCUGUUAGUCCACCAAUUGGAAAGCAAGAUGCAAAAACCAAAAAAAUUGAAAAGCCUAAGAAGGAAGAAAAACUAUCUACCAAAUCUAUCGGCAAGAUGAGCGUGGAGGAAGUAGAAGACUACAAGCAAGCUAUCGAGUUGGUGGCCAACUGCGCAAGACUCAUUUACAUAAGAUGGCUGCAAGCAAAACUAGUGAAAGAACUUAUUAAAGUUAUUAAUAAAUACAAACAUCGACACUGGAACAUAAUAUUAAAGCAGUUUAAUGGAAAGAUGAAUAUCGGUUUAUGGCUCACUCCUCAAAGAUGUAUUGAGAUAUGUGACAUUUUAUGUACCAAGAAAAAGAAAAACUAUAACGAUACAAUAAUAUUAAAACAUUUACUUUGUAUUGUUAUUUUUAUGUCGUGGCAAAAUUAUGGCAAAUUACAUAGCGAUAUGGUUGCAGCUCCAAAUGUAACUGCAAAUUUAAAGGACGCCAUAGAAUUAGAUGCCAAUCGUCUUUUACGUCAACAUAAAGUCGUGAAUAGUGAUAUGGGAUCGGAAAUAAGCACUUGGAAAUUCCCUUACAUUAAACCGGAACUGAUUAAAGAUAAUGGCUUCGUCUGCGAAAAAACU